GGACGGACGGUGCAGCCUCUGCCUUUUCCCAUUGAGUUGCCCCAGCCAGAUGUGGGGGGCGGCUGCCCAGAGGCAUGCGCCCCGCCUGGCCUCGCCGCCGCCCCCACCUGCUGCUGCUGCUGCUGCUGGGCUGCCAGCCACAGGCCCCCGCCGCGCAGGUGACAGACGUCCUGCUUGAGAAAUGGAAGCUCUACAAGGACCAGUGUCUGCACAACCAUAGCCUGCUGCCGCCCCCCACAGAGCUGGUCUGCAAUAGAACCUUCGACAAGUACUCCUGCUGGCCUGACACGCCCCCCAACACCACAGCCCGAAUCUCCUGCCCCUGGUACCUGCCUUGGCACAACAAAGUGCAGCACCGCUUCGUCUUCAAGAGGUGCGGGCCCGAUGGGCAGUGGGCACGGUGGCCCCAUGGACAGCCCUUGCAAAAUGCCUCAGAGUGCCAGCAGGAUGAGGAGGAGGAGGCGGUGCAGAGGAAGGAGGCGAGGAGGUACGCCAGCUUCCAGGUCAUGUACACGGUGGGCUACUCGUUCUCUCUGGGAGCCCUGCUCCUGGCCCUGCUCAUCCUGCUGGGCCUCAGCAAGCUGCACUGCACGAGGAACUUCAUCCACGCCAAUCUCUUCCUGUCCUUCGUGCUCAGGGCCAGCUCCGUGCUGGUCAUCGACAGGCUCCUCGAGUCCCGUUACCACCAGUCGGUGGGCGACGACCAGAGCAUGAGUGUGUGGCUGAGCGAUGGGGCCUUGGCGGGCUGCCGCGUGGCCGCCGUGUUUAUGCAGUACGGCGUGGUGGCCAACUACUGCUGGCUGCUGGCCGAGGGCAUCCACCUUCACCGCCUGCUGCACCUAGCCGCGCCCGAGCGCAGCUCCCUGCCCCUCUACCUGGGCAUCGGCUGGGGUGCCCCCCUGCUGUUUGUCACAGUCUGGGCCGUGGUCAAGUGUCUGCUGGAGAAUGUGCAGUGCUGGACCAGCAAUGAAAACAUGGCUCUCUGGUGGAUCCUGCGUUUCCCCGUCUUCCUGGCCAUCCUGAUCAACUUCCUCAUCUUCAUCCGGAUCCUGCACACGCUCGUGGCCAAGCUCCGGGCCCGCCAGAUGCGCUACAGCGACUACAAGUGCCGGCUGGCCAAGUCCACACUGACCCUCAUUCCCCUGUUGGGGGUCCACGAGGUGGUGUUUGCCUUCGUGACAGACGAGCACGCCCAGGGCACCCUGCGUUCUGCCAAGCUCUUCUUUGACCUCUUCUUCAGCUCCUUCCAGGGCCUACUGGUCGCUGUCCUCUACUGCUUCCUCAACAAGGAGGUGCGGGCAGAGCUGCUGCGUUGCUGGCGUCGCUGGCAGGACCUGGGUGCGUGGCGGAGGCGGCCAAUGGCCAGCGGCCAGGAGAACCGGCGCCCCCAGGAGAAGCUUCUGAUGGCAGGAGGCAGCAGCGGCCGCAGGACCAGCCAGAACCCCUCUGCAGAGACCUGCUUGGCCAGCAGCCUCCCGGGGCUACCUGGGGUCCCUUCCGGAGAGCAGAGAGACCCCUAGGCCGGGGCUAAGCUGCAGAGCCCAUUCACAUGUCCCCCAUGUGGCUACCCCGUCCCGUCCCUUGGUGGGUUGGCUGCUCGGUGAUAAUAAAGGUUUGCAGCCUCACACGGGGCAUCAC